UUUCAGCUAAUGUUAGCAAACCGAAGAGCUAACGGUGGGAGACUUGAUUAUCUCAAGCAAAUAAUUAAAGUUGAGUUAAGCUUUAGUCAUUUAAGCAACAGCAACAAGUCUUAUCCAGUGUGUGCCUUCAACAAAAUCAAAAAUGACUUCUGCACUGUCGGAUCCAACCCUUGAGAGACAUUUUAAGGGUCAUCGGCAUACUGUGACCAGUGUGGACUUCAACUGCAACAUGAAACAGAUUGCAACAGGCUCUGUGGACUCUUGUGUGAUGAUCUGGAACAUGAAGCCUCUGAUGCGAGCGUAUCGCUUUGAUGGCCACAAAGAAGCUGUCACUUGUGUUCAGUUUUCUCCGUCUGGUCACCUGGUAGCCUCCACCUCUAGAGACAAAACUGUACGCCUUUGGGUGCCCAACAUGAAGGCAGAUUCAACAGUAUUCAGGGCUCACACAGCGACUGUGCGCUGUGUUAACUUCUCCAGUGAUGGACAAACUAUGUUGACAUCCUCUGAUGACAAGACCAUCAAACUGUGGACAGUCCACAGGCAGAAGUUCCUCUUCUCUUUCUGCCAACACAUGAACUGGGUCCGCUGUGCUAAGUUUUCUCCAGAUGAUGGUUUGAUUGUAUCAUGUAGUGAUGAUAAAACCAUAAAACUAUGGGACAAGAAAAGUAGAGAAUGCAUUCAUACUUUCACUGAGCAUGCUGGCUAUGCAAGCUAUGUAGACUUUCAUCCCAGUGGGACAUGCAUUGCUGCAGCAAGUACUGAUACCUCUGUUAAGAUUUGGGACAUCAGAACCCACAAAAUGCUUCAGCAUUAUCCAGUCCACAGUGGUGCCGUUAACGGUUUGUCUUUCCAUCCUGGUGGUAAUUUCCUAAUCACUGCAUCCAGCGACUCCACAAUGAAAAUACUGGACCUGGUUGAAGGAAAGCUAUUGUAUACACUACAUGGACAUCAGGGUGCAGUCACAUGUGUGGCCUUCUCUAGAGCAGGGGACUACUUUUCAUCUGGAGGUUCUGAUGAACAGGUUUUGGUGUGGAAGAGCAACUUUGACGAAUGUAUUGAAAGCAGCGAUGGUGUCAAAUCGCAAUGUAAAAGUGCAGCAAGUUCACAGUCUCGGACAGCCAGUUCAACAGCUCAUCUUCCUUUUAACUCGGAACCACCUGUCCUCAACAGCCAGACCUUCGAAAGAGCAGAGCAUCUUCACAGACCAAACACUCAAACUACAGCUCGCAGUCUUAGUUUCGGCCAUAGUGACGGGCAUGGUCGAGGGACUCACUCCCACGCCCACAGGGAGGCCGCCGCCAGUUCACCCUCCACCCAGCAGACUCAUGGUUCACAACGACCUGCACACCAGGAUAAAGGCCUGUCUGAUGUUUCGGAUGGAAGAGUUCCCUCCAGUUUAACCAGCACCCUGGAGCACAUCAUAGGUCAACUGGAUGUUCUCACUCAGACGGUUUCGAUCCUUGAGCAGCGGCUGACGCUGACGGAGGACAAGCUCAAGGAGUGUUUGGAGAACCAGAUGGAUAUUGGACUGCAUCUCCAAAAUCGAGACGAAGGAAGAAGGUGGCCAAGUCAGUACUGACGAUGAUUUAAAAGAAAGACAUUCUGAAAAAGAGUUUCUGAUGCUGCAAACGCAGCGCAAAAAAAAUAGAAAAAUGCCGGCGUACAAAUGCAGUCAAACAAGCUGCAUAACCAAACAAAUGCUUUCUGAGCUUUCUUGCUGAUACACAGGUUAUUUCACACAGAGAUAUCAGAGGUGAAAGAGUUGAAUAUUAGAGAAGUUCCUCCACAGCAGUGCUGAGUGUGCAGACUGUUUUCUGCUGACAAAGGCCUUGUCCCCGUCUAUACGCGCAUAUAAUGUGUGGGUAUGUGUGCAGACUGCCUGUAGUCAACCUUUAUGAUUCUCUUUAACGUUUGCAUUUCAAUUUGCCAAGUGAAGACUGAGAUUAAAUGCUCAAACUUCAGUCGCAACAUGCAUGCAUAGAAAGAAUGAAGCCAUUAUAGCAACUUAGUAAAUAAUUAAACGUAGCUACAAUUAAAGAGACAAUGCAGUGCCUUUCAUUUGCCUGAUAAUGGUUACCGUCGUAAAGAAAACAACCAAAACAACAAUUACAAGAUAUUGGAGGCCUUGAUGUAUUAUUGGGAACUUUAAACUUUUGUUUAUAUUUUAAUUUUCUUAGUUUUGGGUUUAAGCAUUGCAGAUGGGGCCGGAAAAAUCCUGGAGAAAUGAAAGAAUUAGUUUAUUUUCUGUCAAGAAGUGUUGACGGUCAGAAAAUUUUUAAUUGCUGUAUAGUUUGGCUUUUCUUCUGAAAAAUGUAAUAUAAUUUUAUUUUAUUUUCUGUCUUUCUGUGCCUCAACCAUUUAUUCUCUGAAGUAAUUGUUUUUGUUUCCUCUCUCUAAAUAAAUGUCUUACA